UAUAAUUAUUUUCACGUUUUUUUGCAAAUUUAUCUUUAUGAAAAUAAUUUCUCUGUAAAGUUUUUCUGUACCGCGCGUUACGUGGCCUAAUUGCUUGCGCCUCCAUUUGUGAUUUGUAUUUUUUUGUUUAAGUUCAUGCUGAUUUAGGUUAAAAGAUCGAACUUUAAUCAUGCAGUCGGUAUCAAUGAGUAAACCAUCUCAAUCUCCUGGACUGAAACAAGUUAAAGUAGAUAAUUGGGGAAGUUUUUUUCUACAAAGAUUACAACAGCUUUAUAAUGAAGAAGAACUUCUUGAUCUUACUAUCAAAUUUCCUACUAGUGAUAUCACAGUUCAGGCUCAUCGUCUGGUGAUUACAACAUGUACAGACUAUUUUAUGCAAUUAGAACGGAAGCAAAAGGAGAAAAGUGAUUUUGACGGGAUUAUUGUUAUGCCUCCAGAUAUGCCUUAUGAAUGUGUCAAAUCUAUAAUAAGUUUUAUGUAUACUGGACAAUUAGAAUAUUGGACUUCUGAACAAAAUGCUCUCUACAAAACAGCACAAAAAAUGAAUAUGACUGUUUUAACCAAACUUUUGGAUGCGCAAUUUAAUACCACAAAUGCUCAACCAAGCACUCCAACUACAAGUAAUGAAAAAUCAAUUAUUUCCGUUCAAAAAACUUCAAGCCCGACCAAGAAAUCACCACCAGCUAAUAAUCAAUCGAUGCCAACUACUCCAUUGCCUGGCAGAAAACUUCCAAUUUGGAGGAGAAAAAUCGAAUCGCCAUCAAAUUCUGAUACAGGAAUGUUCGGACAUAAGUCAGCAGAGACUACAUCGGGUCCAUCACGAUUUGAUUUACCAGAGGUUGAUGAUAUUGCUCUGGGAGUUUUUUCCUCUUUUGAUGAUAUUACAUAUAAUACAAAACCGAUUGUUCAAGCAUCAGGCCAAUCAUCUAGCGGUAAUAGAUCUUUUAAAACCAAUGACACUGAAGAUGAAGACGAGGAUGGCCACGAUAAUAAACCUUGGGAAAAUUCUGACGAUGAUUGGACUGGCAGUAAAUCUCGGUCUCAAGAAGGUCCUUCCAAACGUGUGAGAUUUGAGCUUGAAGAGAAAGAAAAUAUGGAAAAAAGCAAAAAUGCUUCUCAAAAUUCUGCUGAAUCAAUAAAUAACCAUGCUAAAAUUAUUAGAGAGGUCUUGAAGAAAUAUCCUCAUUUGGUAAAGAAUAAUAAAAAUAUUCGACUAAAGAUCAUGCAGAAGGAACCCAAAUCUUCGGAACAUUCAUCAGGAAAAACUAAAGUCUCUUAUCUUGUUUUAAAGUCUGAUCAUUUAAUGUCGGGCAAUGAUGAAGAUGAAAAACCAGGUAAUGUUGGAGGAACUGAAAAUGGUCCUUGGAAAUGUCACAAAUGUGACUUAGAAGAAGAAUAUCAUAGCUAUUAUAUGUACAGAAGACAUAUGCAGGAUGUUCAUGAUGAAAAAUUUGAUCCUCGAAUUUGUGAGCAUUGUGGUUACAAAGCCACUAAACGAAAUAUUUUGAUGUAUCAUUUAUAUACGAGACAUAAUGUUCCACCACCAAAAAAUAUGUCUUUCCCAAAAUGUCAUGCUUGUCAAUAUGUUGCUUUGUCAGAGACCCUUCUUGUUCGACACCAGAUUAACCACAAUCAUCGUCCUCUAACUCGAUCUACUUUGUCAGAAGAAAUUCAGUGCGUCCAGUGUGGACAAAAUUUUAAAGAUGUUACUGAAUUAGCAAGUCAUGAAAUUAAAACAGGGCAUGGAACUUCAAUGAAUGGCAAAGAAAAAGGUGGUUACCGCUGUCCUCAUUGUCAUAAAGUGUUUAUCAGAUCAACAAAUUUGCAAGUUCACAUGGAUUGUGCUCACAAAGACCUUCGUGAGCCUGAAAAUGUACCUGUUCCAUCAAUACCAUUGGAACCAUCAUCAGAAGCAGAAGCUCUUAGUCACGUAGUGAGUGGAAUAGCAGCUUCUCUAGGAGUUGGAGAAACAAUCACGCCAGAUCAUCAAGAGAUUCACACAACAGAAUCUAGUUUCUUAGUAAACGAAAUGGAGCUUAAUAGCAUGUCUCAUGAUUCCACUUAUAAUGGACACAAUCUAGAAGGUCAGCAGAUGAUUAUGUUAAUUAAUAAUGAAGAUUAUCAACAAACUGAAUUAUCACAGGGUCAUCAUCAGCCCCAGCAAUUACAUAUAGCAAGCAAUGAGCAAUUAGUAAUGCAAGGAACUGAUGAUGGAAUGAUUGUUUACAUUCAUGGUACUGAUGAUCAAUCUAAUCAUUCAACUUAUGAAACUUAUCAGACACAACAAACACAGGAGUCUGAAGAAAUUGUAGAAGAAGUUGUUGAAGAAGUUUUAGAGGAAGAGGAAGAAGAAGCUGAACAUGGAGAGAAACAAGUAAUGGCUACUGAAGAUGAAAGUAAUCAAAAUGCGGAAGAAGUAAUACAAUAUGUUGAAGAGGAAACUGAGAUUGUAGAGUAUGAAGAUGAACAGUCACAAGGUGACCAAACACAACAACAACAAGAAUCGAUGAUGAUUAUUGAAGAAGAAGAGGUUCAUCAUGAAGAAAAAAAUCAAAAGCAAAAAUCUUCGGAAUUAGCAGAUGAAUGGGAUGAAGAAAGCAUAGAAAUGGCUGAAUCAUAAAUUAAAAUUACUUUUACAAAUUUAAUCAAUUUAAUUGAAAAUACUAUAAUAUUUUAUCAUAAUUAUUAUACUAUCUUAUGCUUUAGUAGUUGAAUCGUUUGAAUUCACAGCAUUUUUCCAUUUGUGUUUGAAAAUACACGAAAGUUAAUCUUUAAAUGAAUUUAUAAUUAAAUAUAAUUGAGUAUCUUAUGAGAUACUUGAGUUAAUUUGAAUAACUUUUGCUUAUAAUAAUUAAUUGUAAGAAGAUUUUAUAUUUUACUUUAAUUUAGUUGUAUUAUCUUACCACUUUAUAAACAAAAUAAUUAUCGGUUCUUUAAUUUUUAUGUAUUACUCAGUCGAAAAAUAAAGAGCCAUUAAACGAAAAAGUGUCACGAUUUUUCGAUGUAAGAGAAUCAUUUGAAAUAAAAUAAAAUAACUAA